CUGUUUAACCUAACAUUUAUUAAUUAUAUUUACAUUUUUUGGCCAAAGGUAGUUAAAACAUGGUACAAUAUAACGCAAACCUAAGUGAGUACAAAAUCAUUACAAUCCUUGGACAAUGUUUCGAUGGCAGGGCCGCAGUCCAUCUAGCAAAACACCUUCCCACGGGGCAAAUGGUUGCCGUUAAAAAAAUAAAUAUGGAUAAAAUUAAAUGCGACGCCAGUUUGGUCGAAGUUGAGAUUGUUUUAACUAAGCAGCUUCAGCAUCAGAAUAUUAUAACUUAUCACAUUUCUUUCAUCAGCGGUCAAGAUUUGUGUAUUGUAAGCCCAUUAUUCUCCUAUGGAUCUUGUCGAGAUUUAAUUAACCAACACUUUAACGAAGGUUUACCGGAACAAGCUAUAAUCACAAUACUUAGAGACCUAUUAGAUGCACUAAACUAUCUUCACAGGAAAGGUUUUAUACAUAGAGCAAUUAGAGCUAGUCACAUUUUAGUUUCAUCUUCAGGCAAAGCCUGUUUGGCGGGUCUACGAUAUUCAUGCCCUUUAAUUAACAACGGCAGGUGGCAGAAAACGAUUCAUUCUUUUCCAUCAAAUACAGAGAAAAAUCUCAAUUGGUUGAGUCCUGAACUUUUAGAACAAAAUUUAGUGGGUUACAAUGAAAAGUCAGAUCUUUAUAGUGUCGGCAUGGUGAUAUGUGAACUGGCAAAUGGGUGUGAACCCUUUGCAGGAAUGCCAAAAACUCUAAUGCUGACUGAAAAGGUUCGAGGUUGCACUCCUCAAUUACUAGAUUGUUCCACAGUGCCCAGAGAUGAAAACGGAGAUUGUAGCGGAGGUGACUGCGAUAUAAGUCCAAAAAUCGUCAAUAGGAGAUUUAGCGAUGAUUUGCACGAGAUGGCAGCUUUGUGUUUAAAUCGAGACCCAUUUGAACGACCUUCCGCUUCUCAGUUGCUGAGCCAUCCUAUCUUUAAAACGAUCAAAAAAUCUCUCCCUCUUAGAGACCUGUUAAAACCAGCUCUGCCCCUGAGUGAUAAAGUGGCGUUCAACUCAGACGAUGUCGAAGAUCUAGACACUGAUUUUUCUCAAUUAGAAAUUUAUUCCUGCGAGUGGGAUUUCGAAUGAAAAUAUGUUCCGCUCUGGCAGUGGGUGCAAAUAUCCUUAUUUAUAAAAAAUCACAAAAUAUAUAAAAUAAAAGUUGUAUAAAAUCCCUGAAAUCCAGUUUAGGAAUUUUUUUUGUCCAAUCGCACCAUCCUGAUUAGAUUUCGCGAUGGGUGCAAAUGUUAUUAUUUAUUGUCAAACAAAAAAUAUUAAAUAAAAGUUGUGUAAAA